AUGGGAAAAUACAAUUUGAUAUUUAAAAAGAAUUGGUUUACUAAAAGUAUUUUUGGAACUGUUGGGAUUUUUGUUAUUUUAGAUCAAUUAGCUAGAUAUCAAUAUGAUAUCCCUGAAUAUAGAAAUCCGAACUUAACUAUGUGGUCAUGGUGGCUUGAAAAAGUUAACUUAAAAAGGUUAGGGAUUAAUCAAAAUAACUCGGAUAAUGAUAGAGAAAACUCUUAA